AUGUCACAACUAUUAGAAAACCUCAAAGAUUUAUUUCCCUCCAUUGACAUUGAAGUAAUAGAAUCAGUUAUUGAUCAAGUUGAUAAUGAUGAAGAGGCUGCCAUUGAAUUACUAGUACAAAUUAAUGAAGAUGAUGAAGAUCUUGAUGAAAUUAACAAUGUUCCGAACAAUACUUUUAAUGACAAAACUAAUGAUGAUAUCAAUAAUGAUGAUGAUUUAUUAGAACAAGAAACUUUUGAUGAUCAUGAAUUUUCCAAUCAAGUAUCAUCAUCGUCUACAAAAAACAAGCCUUCCUCCUCUACUACUACUACUACUUCCACUUCUAAAAGUAGUAGUAGUAAAAAAUUAUAUCAAAUACUUGAUGAAGAAGGAAUAUUAAAUGAAAUUAAUAAUACAAUGAAUCAAGUUUUAAAUAUAUUACAAAUUAAUAAUAAUAAUAGUAAUUUUAAAUUAGAAAUGAUAUUAAAAAACUAUAAAUGGAAUGUUGAAAAUAUUAUUAGAGAUUAUGGUGAUAUUGGAUUGGAUGGUAUUUUAAAAAAAAUUGGUUUAUUAAAUAAUUUAAAUACUACUAUAAAUAGUAAUAAUAAUAAUAAUAAUAAUAUUACAACAACAACAAUAACAACAAUAUGUGAAUCAUGUUAUGAAGAUAAUAUAGAAUUAAUUAAAAAUAUAAAUUGUGAACAUUCAUUAUGUGAAUCAUGUUGGAGAAAUUAUAUAGAAUCAUCAAUUUUACAAAAUAAUGGAACAAGUAUUGAAAGUAUUAAAUGUCCAUCCUAUGAAUGUAAUUGUCUAUUAUUAGAUGAAUUUAUUUUAUCAUUUAUAACAAGUAAAUAUGAACAUUUUCUAUUAAAAAGUAAAAUUAAUUCAUUCAUGACAAAUUCACAUCGAAUGAAAUGGUGUUCAAAUAAUUGUAAAUUUGCAAUUAAAAAGGAAUGUGAUGAAAAUUUAUAUUAUUGUAAAUGUAAAUGUGAUAGAGAAUUUUGUUUUCAUUGUGAUCAAGAUCCACAUUAUCCAGCAACAUGUGAAAUGAUGAAAAGAUUUAUAUCAUUUACAAAAGAACAUGAAUCUAAUUUAGAAUAUAUUAAAUCAACAUGUCAACAAUGUCCAUCAUGUAAAGUUUAUGUUCAUCGUAUUAGUGGAUGUGAUAGUAUGAAAAAUAAUAAUACAAAUAUGGAACAAGAUUUAACUUUAUUAAAAACAUUUGGAUAUUUAUUUGAUAUGAAUUAUGAAAGAUUGGAAAAAUUUGUUGAUCAAUUACUUUCCAUUUUAAGAAAUUUUACACAAACACCUCAAGAAGAAUUAGAAGAACAAGAAGAAUUAGAAAAAUUAAAUUCUACUAAUAAUGGAAAUAUUAAAAAUUAUAGUAACAUGUUUGAAUUUGGAAAUUCUUUAUUUACACAAGAAAAACAUUUAAAAUUUCAUAAUUUAAAUUCACAAAUUAAAAAUCAAAUGGAAUUAAUUGUAAAACAAACUGAAAAUAUUAUUGAUAUGAUUAAAUCAAUGGAAAUGAAAACUAUUUAA